AAUACGCGCUUCAGCUUCCGGCUUCCGUAAACACGUGUAAGUGUGUUGAGAGGAGCGAGAGAGGCAGAACCUUUCAGAACCUCUCGGAACCAGGUAGAACCGCUCACGUCUGAGUGGACCGGAAUUGCGGGACCAUGUUGGAGCAGCUGGGUCUGAUCGGAACCAUCCGGGACGAGGAUCUGAGUCCAGAGGAACCGGAAACAGAAUCGGAACAGGAGGAGGAGCCCAUCAUCCUGAACCGUAAGAAGAAGUUUGGAGGUCAAAGGUCGACAGACUUCAACUGUGGCUUUGAGUUUGGAGAGAAAGACAGUCUGAGCCUGGACGACGACUGGAUCAUGAGCGACGUCCUGAAGCAGCUCAAGAAGAAGAGAACUGCGACGACCUUGGACCAGAAAAUAGAGAAGGUCAGGAAGAAGAGGAAAGCUGAGGAGAAACCGUCUCAGAGUUCUGAAGGUUCCUCAGAGAUGAAGGAGGAGGAGGAGCCAGCUGAGGGAGACGAAGAGGAGGAGGAGGAUGGUGAUGAAGAGGAGGAGUUUGGCUCAAGUGAUGAAGAGGUUCUGACCAAAUCAGACACUCUGAGGGAGAAAGAGCGGCGAGGGAGGAAGAAGAGGAAUGCAGAGGAGGAGGCUCCAGAGACGUUUUCCGAAGACGCGUCUCAGUACAACGAGCAGCUGACGUUCGAAGAGAUGAACCUGUCCCGACCCAUUCUCAAGGCCGUCACGGCUCUGGGCUUCAGAGAGCCGACACCGAUCCAGAAGGCCUGCGUUCCCGUGGGGCUGCUGGGCAGAGACCUGUGUGCCUGCGCUGCCACCGGAACCGGGAAGACGGCCGCCUUCAUGCUGCCGGUGUUGGAGCGCUUGGUUUACAAACCCAGGACGUCCCAAGUGACCCGGGUCCUGGUUCUGGUUCCGACCAGAGAGCUGGGGAUCCAGGUCCACUCGGUGGCCCGCCAGUUGGCCCAGUUCACCUCCAUCACCACCUGCCUGGCUGUUGGCGGUUUGGACCUGAAGUCACAGGAGGCGGCUCUGAGGGCGGGUCCAGAUGUUCUGAUCGCCACACCGGGCCGACUGAUCGACCACCUUCACAACACGCCGAGCUUCGAGCUGAGCCACAUCGAGAUCCUGAUCCUGGACGAGGCCGACAGGAUGCUGGACGAGUACUUUGAGGAGCAGAUGAAGGAGAUCAUCAGGCUGUGCUCCUACAACCGGCAGACCAUGCUGUUCUCAGCCACCAUGAGCGAGGAGGUAAAGGACCUGGCGGCGGUGUCGCUGAAGCAGCCAAUCAGGAUCUUUGUGAACAGCAACACGGACGUGGCGCCGUUCCUCCGGCAGGAGUUCGUUCGAAUCCGACCGCACCGGGAAGGAGACCGGGAGGCUGUGGUGGCAGCGCUGUUGACCCGGACCUUCCAGGACCACGUGAUGGUGUUCACCCAGACCCGGAAACAGGCCCACCGGCUGCACAUCCUGCUGGGCCUGCUGGGCCUGAAGGUCGGGGAGCUGCAUGGAGAACUGAGCCAGAACCAGAGACUGGAGAACCUCAGGAGGUUCAAAGACGAGCAAAUCGACAUCUUGGUGGCGACCGACGUCGCGGCCCGAGGUUUGGACAUCGAUGGCGUGAAAACGGUGAUCAACUUCACCAUGCCGUCCACCACCAAGCACUACGUCCACCGGGUCGGCCGCACGGCACGCGCCGGCCGCUCCGGCCGCUCCGUGUCUCUGGUCGGAGAGUCGGAGAGGAAGACGCUGAAGGAGGUGGUGAAGUCGGCCAAGAACAGCGUGAAGGCCCGCGUCCUGCCCAUGGAGGUCAUCCUGAAGUUCAGAGAUCUGAUCAGCAAACUGGAGAAAGACGUUGAAGCGGUGAUGAAGCUGGAGAGAGAGGAGAGAGAGAUGGCUGCGUCUGAGGCCAAGCUGAGUGUGGCUCAGAAGCGUCUAGAAGGCUCUUCCAGCGACUCUCAGAGGGUUUGGUUUCAGACGCAGCAGGAACGCAAGCAGAGCCGCAUGUCGAAGGCUCUGCAGGAGUUCGAUUUGGCUCUGAGAGGAAAGAAGAAGAGAGAGAAGUUCCUGAAGGACGGGAAGAAGAAACAGCUGACGUCUGAGGAGCGCGCUCAGUUCGAGAUCCUGAAGGCUCAGAUGUUCGCUGAGCGAGCCGCCAAGCGGGAGAGACGGGCGAAGAAAGCCAGAGCCAUGCCUGAAGACGAGCCGCCACUGAAAGCAACCAAUCAGAAAGCAGCAAGCAGAGGCAGGAAGUCAGUGUUUGAUGAGGAACUGACCAACACCAGCAGGAAGUCCCUGAAAAACUACAGAGCCGGGCCAUCCUUCGCAGACAGGAAGCGCCUCGGCUUGGACAGGAAGCGGUCAGGCGGCUCCAGGUUCAGGAAGAAGAAGUGAGGACAGAGAAACCAGAUCUCCAUGUCUUUAUGUUGUUCUGCACCAGAUUAUAAAUAAAGUUUGUCUGAAAGUGG